AUGCUAAAUACUCCGUUCUGUGGGGAUAUGGUCUUCCCUUCUGGGGCCCUCAUUCUCAGUAAUUCAAUAUAUCGCCACCAUCAAGGACUGGAGAGAUGCGGCCACGAUCCUGAAAUACUUCAUUUUUCUCAAGCUUGGGUUUGCCGAUACGGUGGAACCCAUGUCAAUGACGUGGGUAGCAAUUUUCUGCCUGGAUAUCGCAGUGUGCUCUACAUGGGCAUUGGAUUAGCUGGACUGGGCCUGGUGAUUUUCACUGCCUUCAUAUUUGCAAGUUGGAGAAAUUAUCGCGCGGAUCGGAACAUGGAACAGAUAAAUAGACAUUGGGGAAACAUUUAG